AAGGGAAGAAAGGGUAGCUCCGGAGGCUUCGUUGGCCCCUGGCGGGCAUGCGCAGGGUUCGUUCGCGCAGGCGCUUUGGGCCGACAACAAAGAGGGACUGAGGUGGCGGCGUUUCUUUCUCUCUCCCCGAUGGCUGCGGCGUUCCUGGUGGCGCUGUACGAGUACUCGCCGCUCUUCUACAUCUCUGUCGUCUUCAUCUGCUUCCUGGUCACCAGCGGCCUAGUCAUGGGCUGGUUUGGGUGGGAUGUUCCCGUGAUUCUGAGAAAUUCAGACGAAGCUGAAUCAACAGUGAAAGUGUCCCAGAAACAGAUGCGGCAGGUGAAAAACCCAUUCAGCCUGGAAAUAAAAAACCUGGAAACGGCUUCAGUUGCAAAUGGCAUAACACUGGUGCCUGAUUGCCUGGAAGACUGCCUCCUUACGUGCUACUGGGGCUGCAGCGUGCAGAAAAUCCACGAAGCUCUGCAGAAACACGCUUAUUGCUUUCGAAUAAAAACUCCGCAGGCCUUUGAGGAUGCCGUGUAUAACGAGUAUCUCUACCGCCAGCAGUAUUGCAUCGAGACGUCUGACAAAGCGGGAAAGCAUUGCCAGUUACCCAAAGAGGCACAAAUCAUUGACUUUGGCCCUGUGCCCAGAUCUCGGUACCCGCUAGUUGCACUGCUGACGCUAGAGGAUGAAGGCAACAGAGAAAUAUAUGACAUUGUGUCUAUGGUAUCUAUAAUCCACAUUACUGAUGACAGUUAUAGGCUUUCCUGUCGAAUACUGUAUCAGUAUCUCCUCAUGGCCCAAGGUCAAUUUCAUGAUCUAAAGCAACUUUUCAUGUCUGCCAACAGCAACGCCUCAUCUCUAAGCAGCCCUCCCUCGGGUGACAGGACAGAGGACCGCGUCCUCCUCGAGAAAGCCGGGCUGGCUGAGGACGAGGCGGAGCUGCCAGAUGAAAACAGCAAGGACUGCAUCGUCUGCCAGAACAGGGCUGUCAACUGGGUGCUCCUCCCUUGCCGCCACACCUGCCUGUGUGACGAAUGUGUGAAAUAUUUCAAGCAGUGCCCAAUGUGCCGGCAGUUUGUUGGGGAGUCCUUUCCCCUGUGCGGCCGAAAAGAGUGAAGAACUGGGGGGGUGGAAAGGACAGAGCAGUUUGUACUUUUAUCCAGGCAGGGAGAGAAGAGAAAUUCAUGCAAAGAGUUGACAAGAUGAGUUUCGACCUUCUGGAAUAGUACCCAAGACCUUCCCUUCCUCUUGAACUUUGGGGGCUGGUUGUCUGGCCUGCUCUAAAGCACCUUCCCUUAGCAGUGGAUUUGAUUUGGAAGUAACAGUGCAGAAGUGUGCACAUUACAGGCAGAAACAGUGCUUGGAACUCUUUAUGAAGGAUAUCUCUUUGUACGUGCAGAUAAAUUUAUUGGGUAUUUUCGUGGCACUUUUCACCCAGAAGUUUCUCUCGACAGACUGAUGUGGAGAAAGAGGAAACAUCCCCUGAGAACAAUUAAUUUGUAUUUAUGUGUGUGUGUGUUUUAAAAAGUGCCGUCAGCCUGGUUUUCUACUUGAUAGUAAUGCUGCUCUUUUCAGUUGCAGCAAGUGCAGCAAGUGGGGGUGGGGCAGAAACAAAGAAAUAAAAUAUAGAAAGAGUUUUUCUUGCAACUCUUCAGUAGGUACACAUAUAUUUUGUGGACAACUGCAGAUCAGUUCUGCUUCAAAGAUUAAAUAUCUUACGGAGUUCCUGUCCAAUAUGAUGAUUGUUUCCCAAGUCACAGUCCCUGUAUAGGUCUUUAAAGCAGGUGUGGGAGACUUCUCUCAUGGCGUUCCCUCAUUGGCCAUAUUCAUGGUACCACAUACUGGGGGUGGGGGCAGUGGCACAAUGCCAAUGUGUGCAGAGCCCCAUGGAUGUGACUCCAGCCUUUGUAUAUAGUGGGUUGCGCUCUAACCAUGAAGAAGCUGGCAGUUUCCACCCAUGUGCCUCCUUUCCAUCUUCCUUGCAAGCGUCAUUUUUUGCAGUUUGGCUGCCCACCUUUUUUAAUGUUGCAUUUCAAAUUGUUGUCAGCUGCCUUGGGACCUUAGCCCCAAAGGCUAAAUAGGGUCACAUUUAGCCUCCAUGCUUGCAAUUCUUCACCUCUGCUUUAAAGUACAUAAAACCGGUACAUUGCAAAACAUCCUUUAACCAUACUGCCAGGUCCCCUAGAACUUAAAACGAUGUUCUUCCAGGGGCUUUUUGUAACCUUCAGUCCAGGGCUGCUUGCUCUACACUUUAUCCAAGACUUCUAUUUCUACUUUAAGCCGAGUUCUUGUGGGCAUCUGUGCCUCGAAAGACAGUGCAAUGUAUGGGAGCGAAGUCAAACAGCUGUGUUAGCACUGAAGUGACCUCCUUUGGGGUGCAAGCCUGGUCAGUGGGUCUGGGAGUCCUGGGCUGCCCAGACAACGAGAUCCCCCUCCCGGCCUUGUUGAUGUGGUCCAAAGGAAAGCAGAGCGAGACACUGGGCACCAGCUUGGCUUCAAGAGUUGGCCUUCUGGCGGUUCCCUCACUGCGAGAUGUGAGGUUGCAGGGAACCAGGCAGAGGGCCUUCUCGGUAGUGGCGCCUGCCCUGUGGAACGCCCUCCCAGCAGAUGUCAAGGAAAUAAGCAACUAUCUUACUUUUAAAAGACAUCUGUAGGCAGCCAUGUUUAGGGAAGUUUUAUUCUGAUGUUAUUAUUUAUUCUGAUGUUUUAUUCUGUUUAAUAUUCUGUUGGGAGCUGCCCAGAGUGGCUGGGGAAACCCAGCCAGACGGGCGGGGAAUUAAUUAAUUAAUUGCAUUGUGCCACUGCCCACCUCCCCAGCAUGUGGUAGAUGGAAGAUUGCCCACAAGGAAAUCUGGCAGAAAAGGCUCCCCACGCCUGCUUUAAAGACAUAAGCAGAGAUUGAAUUGGGAGACAAUCAUAUUGGACAGGAACUGCGUAAGACUGCAAGGCAUGCAAAUCUGCUAGGUAUUGUGAUUCCUCAGUGUGGCAGAAAUCAUCAUCAUCAUUGUGUGUGUGUGUGUGUUUGGCUUGUAGUUCCUUGCCCCUGGUAGCAUGCCCACAUGUCGGUGUUGCCACCUGCUGAUACGGCCCUAUCCGUCUGCUGUUUCCGCAGCCUCUUGGGGCUGCACCUGAGCUGUCGGCGUCUAGGCUCAGGAAACGGCUCCUUGCUUGCAACAUGGCACGAGAGACUGAGCUGCAGCUCCUCCAACAGAUGGCUCCCGUCAUGUUGGCAAGGCAAGGUUUCAUGUUUGCGUAAUUAGUCGCAUGUCAUAUUGAAAGCGAAGGCCUGUUUGCAUGCGAGAGAGGCUUCAGCCUUCGCGUGGUUCUUGGAGUUACGAGGCAAACUUGUCUGGGGGAGAUGCAGCCUCUUUCCAGUUCCUCUUGAAACAAAUGUAAAUAGGGCUAAGAAUAAUAAUAUUAUUAUUUAAUUUAUGCAUACAUACAUACCCUGUUUCUCAUAUUUUAAGACAUACCCAUAAAAUAAGCCAUAGCAGGAUUUUUAAGCAUUCAAGGAAUAUAAGCCAUACCCCGAAAAUAAGACAUAGUGAUAGGCACAGCAGCAAUGCCGGCCGCGGCAGGAGGAGGAGGAAAAAAAUAAGACAUCCCUUGAAAAUAAGCCAUAGUGUGUUUUUUUGAGGAAAAAAUAAAUAUAAGACGUGUCUUAUAAUAUGAGAAACACGGUACAUGCCCUGCCCAUCUGGCUGGGUUUCCCCAGCCACUCUGGGCGGCUUCCAACAAAAGAUUAAAAGUACAUUAAAACAUCAGUCAUUAAAAACUUCCCUAAACAGGGCUGCCUUCAGGGAAUAAGGUGGCAAGAAGAGGUCAGGUGCGCUUCCAGUGAGAGCCAGUGUGGUGCAGUGGUUAAGAGCAGUGGACUCAUAAUCUGGUGAACCGGGUUCGCGUCUCCGCUCCUCCACAUGCAGCUGCUUGGUGACCUUGGGCUAGUCACACUUCUCUGAAGUCUCUCAGCCCCACCCACCUCACAGGGUGUCUGUUGUGGGGGAGGAGGGGAAAGGAGAUUGUUAGCCACUUUGAGACUCCUUCGGGUAGUGAUAAAAGCGGGAUAUCAAAUCCAAAACACACUCUCAAAUCCGAAACUCACUCCCAUCAUGGAGGUUUGCACGAUAGGCUUCCAAUGACACCUUGCCGUCCCCUUGGAAUAAGACAGCAACUUGGGGACGCAGCUCAGUGGCGGAGCACAUGCUUUCCAGGUGCAGCAGGGGCGUAGCAAGGCGCUGCGACACCCGGGGCGGCAAAUUGCCAUGCACCCGGGUGGAAACUCUAGGUCAGGGGAAACUCUAGGUCAGGGGUUCCCAACCAAAUUUUCUCGAGGACCCCUCAUCGAGCCGCUAUUGUGACAAGGACCCCCAUUAAUUCCUAAUCCUAAAAUUAAAACUGAGAGCCAAAUUAAGAGUCUUUUUAUAUUUUAUAUUUAUACGUUUUUUACAGUUACGAUUUAGGUUCAAUGGACACUGACAAGAUCGGUUCGAGAGUCACUGACUUACUUGCUUGAACAUCAAAUGCAUUAUCUUCCUCUUCAUCUGUAGGCCUUUGUCGUUUUAACGAACCACUUUUUAACCAACGGUCCAUUUUUAACUACGCGAACUGUAGCUUCCGCGAAAAACAACGCUUUGUUUACAAACACUACUGUUUUGCAAAGAGGCAGCGCGCGCCAGGGAGGAGGGAGGGAAAUGGAGAAGACAGGGUACCUGCGCAGUAGCGCACAA